AUGUUUCCCGGCUCAACAGAAAUCACGUUUGCCACAUGGAUGAUGUACAACGUUCCCGGCAUGCUGUUGGGUGUUUUUCUUACUUGGGCGUUUUUCAACAUUUUAUACAUCGGCUGCCGGAGAGACGCAACAGAAUCUACCCAGAAAGCAAUUCGACUUAUCAUUGAAAAGAAGUAUGAGGAGCUAGGUCCAAUCAAGUUUCACGAAGGUGGUGUUCUAUUUCUCUUCACAACGCUUGUGCUCUUAUGGCUUUUCAGAGAUCCUCAGUUCAUCCCUGGCUGGGCCGAGUCUUUGAACACUGGCGUAAAAAUCAAAGACGCCACACCCGCAAUUGGUAUAUCCGUUCUCCUGUUUCUUAUUCCAUCCAACCCGUCUCGUUUCGGCCGCUGUCCUCCUCUUCUUGAUUGGCGCGUGGCACAAAAGAAAAUCGCUUGGGGUAUCUUGCUCCUCCUUGGUGGUGGUUUCGCCCUCUCCGAGGGUGCUAAG